AUGCCACCUCCCCCGCCGCCCACCGUGCUGGUGCCGUCGGAGCGCGCCGUGGUGCUUCUGUCGUGCGUGCUCUCCGCUGUGGGCUCGGGCCUGCUGAUAACCACGCACGCCCUGUGGCCCGACCUGCGCAGCCUGGCGCGGCGCCUGCUGCUCUUCCUGUCCCUGGCCGACCUGCUCUCGGCCGCCUCUUACUUCUACGGGGUCCUGCAGGACUUCGAGGACUCCUCGUGGGACUGCGUGCUGCAGGGCGCGCUCUCCACCUUCGCCAACACCAGCUCCUUCUUCUGGACGGUGGCCAUCGCCCUCUACCUGUAUCUCAGCAUUGUGCGCACAGCGCGCGGGCCGGAGACUGGCCACCUGCUCUGGACUUUCCAUGUCGUCAGCUGGGGGGUUCCGCUGGCCAUCACCGUGGCAGCCGUGGCUCUAAAGAAGAUCGGCUACGACGCCUCGGACGUGUCGGUGGGCUGGUGCUGGAUCAACCUGGAGGCGGAGGACCGGGUGCUGUGGAUGCUGCUGACCGGGAAGCUGUGGGAGCUGCUGGCCUACGCCACCCUGCCCGUGCUCUACCUCCUCAUCCGGAAGCACAUUCACCGGGCGCGCGAGGAGCUCUCAGAGUACCGACCCAUCGUCUCCGAAGUGCACCGGCUCCAGCGCCACACCUCCGUGGCCGAUAAGAAGCUGGUCCUCAUCCCGCUCAUCUUCAUUUGCCUCCGGGUCUGGAGCACCGUGCGCUUCGUCCUGACCCUCUGUGGCUCCCCGGCGGUGCGGAUGCCCUUACUGGUGGUUUUGCACGGCAUCGGGAACACUUUCCAGGGAGGCGCCAACUGCAUCAUGUUCGUCUUCUGCACCCGCGCGGUCAGGACCCGACUCCUGUCUCUCUGCUGUUGCUGCACCCCUCAGCCUCCCGCCGCUGAGAGCCUGGCCGGCCCUCCCAAGGCCCCUGCGCCCUCCAAGAGCGAGUCUCAGAGGCCCAGGAGAACCCCAAACGAACUUCCAAGCACCUGAGCUGCUUCCCUCCUAGUUCCGGGCGUGGGUGCGGCCGACCUGGGGCCUCCUGCCGUUGCAGCUCCUGACCCCCGUGGGGAGCAGCGCAAACUCAACUUGUCUACCUCCUCGACCCUCAGGCACGUCCCCCUCACGCCGCGUCCUUCGGCACUGGGGGGGAUCCGUCAGCACGAGGGUUGCACUGAGAUUCAGGGAAACCAGUGGUUCAUGAGCACUGCCAGUUCGCCUUGUGGUCCAGGAAUCUGGGGCCCCUGCCCACACGGCACUGUUUACAGUCAGAGGGACCCACACGGGUGCGAAAGGCACCAAGAGAUACAUGUACAACCGUGCACCCAUCCUCAAUAAACUGUUAGGGUGCCAAAGAAAGGAGCCCCCACCAAGAUAAUACAGAGCAGAUUCCCGGUUUGUCAGAGCGUCGGGAUUCCCCUGAGAGCCUGGCUUUUCCUGGAUGGCUUUACUGGUCAAUGCAAGGGUCAGUUACCUUGAACCAGGAGGUUCCCUAGUGACCAGCAUGGGCACAGCUGCACGCAGCGGCUCAGGAUGGCCAGUCUGCAGGGGCCUCCUGAAUUGUGUCCAUGGGCUCCCUGCCCUUGAUGGAGAUGGUGUGGCCAGGAUCCAGACUCCUGCCUCCAUGAGACACUUAACGUUGGGGAAGGAUUGGGCUUCCCUGGUGGCUCAGAAGGUAAAGAAUCUGCCUGCAAUGCAGGAGACCCAGGGAUGGAGCCCUGGAUAAGGGAAUGGCUACCCACUCCGGUAAUUCUUGCCUGGAGAUUGCUGAUUUACUCACUUUCUAGGUUAAUUUUUUAUAGGAAAGGCAACCAGAGAGUUAGGAAAUCACCCAAAUACUGAUUUUUCCCUGAAGGGGAAAGUUAGGGGAAUUGGUUGGCGGGCAUGACACAUGCAUCCUGGGGUCAUUUGAAAGAAAAAGAAUGUAAAAGAAGCAUCCAUUAACUCUAUCAUCUAUGACUCUUCCACCAACCCUUUCCUCUUUAGGUCAGAAAACAGUUUCUCUGUUAAGUCACAGAAGCCACUGGCUGAGAAGGGAGGUGUACCUGUCACUGGGACGGGGCUGGGCUUGAGGAGGAGGAGUCGAACUUAACUCAACAAGUGCUACCCCUCCCUUAGAUGCCCCUCCGGUAGGUCCCACAGCACUCUGCAUAACUGCAGAGAUGUUCUAAACCCGUAAAAUGGUUCUGGAUUAAAAUCAAAGCCACUGCUACUCUUGAUCCCUCUUUUACUCUCAAAAGCAAAAUCUGUAACAGGAAGAGACUGGAAGGAAGAGUCCUCUACAGAACUAGGUCGAAAACGCUCUUGUUGGGUUUCCUUUUUUAAAAAGAUUUUAUGAAAAUCAGCAAGGGGUGAACAUCCCUUUAGGAUUCAGAGAAAGUUCCGGGCUGCUUGGCAGGAGGGCAGUCUGCUUACAGGAAUGGCCUACGUUGGGGGAGUUGGUGUUCCCCUAAGGAUGUUACAGCACACCUUGGGUGCCCAGAGGGUAAAGAGCCUCACAUUACCUCCUAGAACGGAGCAGAAAUUCAGGAAGUUGCUGAUGCAAAGGAGAAAAUCAGUCAUGGGUGAGUUAGAGUAUGGGCUCCCGGGGAGAAUGAUGCUAGACUACCUCCAGUUCUCAAGGGGGCCCCAGAGGCCUUGGAUCAGAUGGUGCAACACUGCUGCCUGCUGGGCGUGGCCUCUAAGGACGAGCCUGAGACCUGGGUUUCCCCACACCUCUGCUGUGCUGUCUGCUCUUCUGAAAACCACCCCGAAGAUGCACCUAUUUCCAUUCCCUCCCUCUGCUCCCCACCCCAUCUCUGUAGAUGGGUGAAAGUGUUCCUGUGAGUGGGGAACAGGUGUGGGCAGGGGAGGGACUCGUUCUUGUGCCCAGAGGCUGGCAAACAGCAGCAUCUCCUUUCUCAGUCAGGUCAGUCUAGCUGGGUGGGUGGAGUUCAGAGCAGUAGAACCAGUAGAAUAAAGCCCCUUUCUGAACUCCAGAAGGGGUUCCUGCCUCAUAUGAGAGCAAGACAGAAGUGCGUUCCUCUUACACGUGGUGGGGCUCCUGUGGGUUCUCUCUGUGUGUCAGUGUAGUUAGAGAUUAUCUACCCUCAUUUCCCAGGCACCGCUGGAUGACCUCAGCCUGCACAGGGGCUAUGAGCUCAGCCUAGCCCCUCUCUUCUCAGGCACUUUUUGAACCUUGGUCUUUUUCUCAGGUUUACUAAGCACUUUCUGCCUCUUUGUACUGCUGAGCUUCUGAAUUGUGUCUGUUUUUGGUUUUUGUGGGUGUGUGUGUGUUUGUUUUUUAAUAAAGAUUAUGACUUUAGCCUUGGUUGAGGGUGCAGACAGAGCUCUGCCUGCAUCCAUGACAAGAAAAAGAAUGUUUUUACAGACUUCCCGUAGCAGCAUAAUGACAUUGAGAGAGGUUUUUUUUGCACGUGCGAAGUUGUCAUGAAAACCCUGACUGGGUCAAGGCCAAAGUGGCUAUUUUAAAUAAAAUAUUUUUCUUUUGUGUGUUUGGUAAA